UUUUUUUCUGUUGUAUGAGGAGUAUGUCGCGGUUUUUGUAUUACAUUUUUGGUGUUCCGUGCGUUUCUCGGGCAUAUUUACGUUAAUCGAAUGAACAUAAAACAAACAUAACAUUGCGCGGCAGUGUUCCGUUUACGUGUAUUACAGAAAUCAAUUUGUAGUUUUUGUGCGCGUCGCUUAUAUUGAAAUGGUAAACUAAAGAAAAUCAAAUCAAAUUGGAUUAUCAUAGCGCAACAAUAACAAACACAACACUGUUAUCUUCCAACGACUUCCAAUCGUGCUAAUGCUUGUCAACACUGCCACACUUAUGGCCAUUCUACAGUCCAAUUGGAACACCUACAACUGCCCCUAGCUAACAAUUUAAUUGUGAUUGCACAAAAACUGUGUUUGCUGAUAAGACGAAGCCAACACUUUGUGGCACCCCCUUCGCCCCGGCGAUGCAGCCCAUCCACUAACCAGGGGCACAUCUCAAGAUGACAUCCCCAGCAAUAUAUCGUUGCCUCUUGCCUCAUAACCCGCCACUUAAGGCAACGUAAAGUUUCUUCUGUUUCGUCUUCUAAUAAUCAACAACAAAAACUUCCAAAGAGAAAAAGAGAGAGGAGAGAGAGUGAUAGAGAUAGAGAUAGAGAGCAACAAGUGAUUUGCUUCUAAAAUUUGUGCACUUAAAGAAAUUGAAAACGUGUUUGUUGCCCGUUUGUCGUCUUGUUACUUCGUGAAUUUUCGUCGCCUGUCAGCAGCGUUUUGCCGCAGACGGAGGACGAGAGCCGCGAAGCAACGAGCCAAAGUCAAAGCCUCACCACGGACGCAUUUAUGGAUGCGGGCGGCCUGCCAGUGUUCCAGAGCGCCAGCCAAGCAGCAGCAGCAGCCGCCGUCGCCCAGCAACAACAGCACCAACAGCAGCAGCAGCAACAUCAGCAGCAGCAAGUGCAGCAACAUCAACAACUGAAUCUCCAAUUGCAUCAACAGCAUUUACAGCAACAGAGUUUGGGCAUUCACCUGCAGCAACAGCAGCAAUUGCAACUGCAGCACAAUGCACAGGCGCAGCAACAGCAGCAGAUGCAAGUGCAACAGCAGCAGCAGCAGCAACAACGACAACAACAGCAGCAGCAGCAACAGCAGCAGCAACACUCGCCCUACAAUGCCAACCUGGCAGCAACAGGCGGAAUUGUCGGCGGCCUUGUCGCUGGCGGCAACGGAGCUGGCGGCGUUGCGUCUGCAGGAAAUGUCAGUGGACCCAAUGGCAACGGCAACAACAACCUCAACCUCAACAGCAACAACAAUGGCAACGGCAACGGCAACAACGGUAAUAACGGCAACAACAACACGCCUGGCGAUGCGAUGCCAGCGAAAAGACAGCCAAUUGUUGAACGCCUGCGACGACGCAUGGACAACUAUCGUCGAAGGCAGACGGACUGCGUGCCACGGUAUGAGCAGACCUUCAGCACUGUCUGCGAGCAGCAGAACCAGGAGACAACUGCACUUCAGAAGCGUUUUCUCGAGAGCAAGAACAAGCGUGCGGCCAAAAAGACUGAAAAGAAACUGCCGGACACGCAGCAACAGACACAAACACAGAUGUUAGCCGGACAGCUGCAGAGCAGCGUGCAUGUGCAACAAAAAUUCCUAAAACGACCAGCGGAGGAUGUUGACAAUGGCGCCGAGAACUUUGAACCGCCGCAUAAGUUACCUAAUAACAACAAUAAUAAUAACAAUAACAACAACAAUAACAAUAGCUCAAGUGGCGUUGGCGGCGGCUCCGAGAAUCUAACCAAGUUCUCCGUUGAGAUUGUGCAACAAUUAGAGUUUACCACAUCGGCGGCAAACUCGCAGCCGCAACAGAUUAGCACCAAUGUCACUGUAAAGGCGCUGACCAACACCUCCGUCAAGAGCGAACCUGGUGUGGGCGGCGGGGGAGGCGGCGGCGCCGAUCAACAGCAACAACAGCAGCAGCAGCAACAACACCAGCAGCAACAGCAACACCAACAACACCAGCAACAUCAACAGCAGCAGCAACACCAGCAGCAUCAGCAGCAGCAGCAACAACAAGGCGGCGGUCUGGGUGGCCUUGGCAACAAUGGGCGUGGCGGCGGGGGUCCUGGCGGUGGCGGCAUGCCCACAGGACCCGGCGUCGGGGUCGGUGUGGGCGUUGGCAUGGGACCCAACAUGAUGUCGGCUCAGCAAAAGUCCGCUCUGGGCAAUUUGGCCAAUUUGGUGGAGUGCAAGCGAGAACCGGAUCAUGAUUUCCCCGACUUAGGCUCAUUGGAUAAGGAUGGGGCGAAUGGACAGUUUCCGGGCUUCCCGGAUCUGCUCGGUGAUGACAACUCGGAGAACAAUGAUACGUUCAAGGAUCUCAUCAACAAUCUGCAGGACUUUAAUCCCAGUUUCCUCGAUGGCUUCGACGAGAAGCCGCUGCUGGACAUCAAGACCGAGGACGGCAUCAAGGUGGAGCCCCCGAAUGCUCAGGACUUGAUCAACAGUCUGAAUGUUAAGUCCGAGGGUGGCCUAGGUCAUGGUUUUGGUGGCUUUGGCGUUGGCAUGGGACUCGAUCCGCAGUCCAUGAAAAUGCGUCCUGGCGUCGGCUUCCAAACCGGACCCAAUGGCAAUGGCAACGGACCCGGCAAUGGUGCGCCAGGCGGUGGUGGCAACAAUGGCGGUGGCGGAGGCGGUGGCCUGAUGUCGGAGCACUCGCUGGCAGCCCAGACACUCAAGCAGAUGGCCGAGCAGCAUCAGCACAAGAGCGCCAUGGGUGGCAUGGGAGGUUUUCCGCGUCCGCCACACGGCAUGCAGCAGCAACAACAGGCGCCGCAGCAGCAACAGCAGCAACAUGGCCAGAUGAUGGGUGGACCCGGGCAGGGACAGCAACAGGGACGCUAUAAUGACUAUGGCGGAGGUUUUCCCAACGACUUUGGCAUGGGACCCAAUGCGGCGCAACAACAGCAGCAGCAACAACAACAGCAGCAGCAGCAGCAACACUUGCCGCCGCAGUUCCAUCAGAAGGGCCCUGGAGCUGGGCCGGGCAUGAAUGUGCAGCAGAACUUCUUGGAUAUCAAACAGGAGCUCUUUUAUUCCUCACAAAAUGAUUUUGAUCUCAAGCGUCUGCAACAGCAGCAGGCCAUGCAGCAACAGCAGCAGCAACAACAUCAUGUACAACAGCAGCAGCAGCAGCAUCCCAAUGGCCCCAAAUUGAAUGUGCCUAUGGGGGCGGGAGGCAACUUUGCCAAGCAGCAGCAACAGCAACAGGUGCCAACGCCGCAGCAGCAACAGCAAUUGCAGCAGCAGCAGCAGGCGCAACAACAACAGCAACAAUACUCGCCAUUCAGCAAUCAAAAUGCCAACGCCAACUUCCUCAAUUGCCAGCCACGCGGCGGCCCUCAAGGCAACCAGGCGCCGGGCAAUAUGCCGCAACAACAACAGCAACCACAGCAGCAGCAACAGCAACCGUCCCGUGGCCCCGGCGGUCCGCAAUCUAAUCCCAAUGCUGGGCCUGGCGGCAAUGCGCCGAACACAGCACAACAGCAGCAGCAGCAGCAGCAACAACAACAGCAGCAACAGGCAACAACAACAACGCUGCAGAUGAAACAGACGCAGCAACUGCACAUCAGUCAGCAGGGCGGCGGUGCCCACGGCAUACAGGUGUCAGCUGGUCAGCAUUUGCAUUUAAGCGGCGAUAUGAAGAGCAACGUCUCUGUGGCCGCUCAGCAGGGCGUCUUCUUUAGCCAGCAGCAUGCGGCACAGCAACAACAGCAGCCCGGCGGCAAUGGCGGCCCCAAUCCGCAGCAACAGCAGCCGCAUGGCGGCAAUGCGGGCGCCAACGGCAGCAAUGGCGGCGGCGGACCAAACGCUUCACAGCAGCAACAGCAGCAACCAAAUCAAAACAUGAACAAUUCAAACGUACCCUCCGAUGGCUUCUCUCUCUCCCAAAGCCAAAGCAUGAAUUUCACACAACAGCAGCAGCAACAAGUGGCCGCAGCGGCAGCAGCUGCUGCAGCCGCACAGCAGCAACAGGCAGCUGCCCAGCAACAACAACAGCAACAGCAAGUGCCGCCCAAUAUGCGUCAGCGUCAAACGCAGCCGCAAACGGCGGCAGCAGCAGCAGCAGCGGCUGCCGCUCAAGCGCAAGCAGCGGUCAAUGCAAACGGUCCUGGUGGCAAUGUGCCGUUGAUGCAGCAGCAGCAACAGCCGCCUGGCGGUGUCGGUGUUGGUGCUGGCAACGGCGUGGGUGUUGGCCCCGGCCUUGGUGUUGGCGUCGGCGUUGGAGUUGGGGUGCCAGGCAACGCAGGUGGUCCCAACAAUGGUGCAAUGAAUCCGCUUGGCGGACCCAUGGGCGGCAUGCCGGGCAUGCAGAUGGGCGGCCCAGGACCGAUGAAUCCCAUGCAAAUGAAUCCCAAUGGCGGUGCACCCAAUGCCCAAAUGAUGAUGGGCGGCAAUGGCGGACCCGUGCCUGCUGCCAAUCAGGCCAAAUUCCUGCAGCAGCAACAAAUGAUGCGCGCCCAGGCUAUGCAACAGCAGCAACAGCAGCAGCAACAACAACAGCAGCACAUGUCCGGAGCACGUCCUCCUCCGCCCGAGUACAAUGCCACCAAGGCGCAACUGAUGCAGGCGCAAAUGAUGCAGCAGACUGUUGGCGGCGGCGGUGGCAAUGGCGGCGGCGUCGGUCGCUUCCCCAACAGCGCAGCGCAAGCGGCGGCCAUGCGACGCAUGACCCAGCAACCAAUACCACCAUCCGGCCCCAUGAUGCGUCCCCAGCAUGCGGCCAUGUACAUGCAACAGCAUGGAGGCGCCGGCGGUGGUCCGCGCGGUGGCAUGGGCGGUGUGCCGGGAGGUCCGUAUGGCGGCGGCGCCGGCGGUCCAAUGGGCGGGCCUCAGCAGCGGCCGCCCAAUGUACAAGUGACGCCCGAUGGCAUGCCCAUGGGCUCGCAGCAGGAGUGGCGACACAUGAUGAUGACGCAGCAGCAGCAACAAAUGGGCUUCGGCGGCCCAGGACCUGGUGCGCCGAUGCGACAAGGACCCGGCGGCUUCAAUGGAGGUAACUUUAUGCCCAAUGGAGCGCCGAAUGCGCCUGGCAAUGGACCCAAUGGUGGUGGCGGCAUGAUGGGCGGCCCCAAUGGACCACAGAUGCAGCUGACGCCCGCCCAGAUGCAGCAGCAGUUGAUGCGCCAACAACAACAGCAGCAGCAGCAACAACACAUGGGACCCGGAGGGAACAACAUGCAGAUGCAACAGCUGUUGCAGCAGCAGCAGAGUGCAGCUGGAGGUGGCAUGAUGGCCACCCAGAUGCAAAUGACCAGCAUGCAUAUGACGCAGACGCAGCAACAGUUGACGAUGCAGCAGCAACAGUUUGUGCAGAGCAGCAGCACAACGACAACACACCAGCAACAGCAGAUGCUGCAGAUGAGCCAGAGCGGGCCAGGUGGCGGCGGACCCAACAACAACAACGGUGCACCACAGCCAGGUGGUGGGGGUGGUGGUGGUGUGGUGGGCAGCUCGGCGACCAUUGCCAGCGCCAGCUCAAUCAGCCAGACGAUCAACUCGGUGGUGGCCAACUCGAAUGAUUUGUGUCUCGAAUUCCUCGACAAUCUGCCCGUCGACAGCAACUUCUCCACGCAGGAUCUGAUCAACUCGCUGGACAAUGACAACUUCAACAUACAGGACAUCUUGCAGUAGAUCCUCCGAUUGCCUCCGAUUGCCCUGCCAGUGCUAGUGCCAGUUGUUGUUCCAGUAUAGAGUCCGAACUAGAAAUAACACUAACCGACAUCAACUACCAGCUACCAACACCUACAACCACAACCACCAUCACCUUGGCCACCACCAAUUGUUGCCUAUUCGUUUUUGAUUUUGUUGCCUGUUGUUGUUAUCGCCUAAUCCCUCCCCCUCCCCUCUCCCCUCCGAGACCCCUUCCUAUUUGUUACCGUGUGAAUUUAUAAGCGUGUUUCGAUGUACUAUAAUUUCGGACUUCACUGUAUUAUUAGCCGCUAGAGUUGCCGGCUACGGUUGCCGCGCAACGACGGUCCAAGGUGGGCGGAUGCUGGGCGUGGCAGGCGGCAGACAUUCCAUACUAUAUAGCAUAUAUAGUACACACACACAUAUACAAAUAUUAUGCAACACAAUUCGAACCAAGUGUGAGACGAAAAUACAACCAAGAUAACAAGAAUUUCCCUCACACACACACACACACACAGAUACACAAACUACGCCACACACAUACAAAGAGAACUUAAACAUUUGUACUUAAUGCAAUUGGCCACGCCCAGCGUACAGUCCGCCCAUCCAACAUUUUAUUUUACUUAAGCAAUGCCAGAUAAACUAAAAAAGAAAACACAAAAAGAAAAACUAAAACAAAAACAAAAACAAGAAGAAACAAAAAAUGGAACCAACAGCAAAUUUUUUAACAAAAUGCAACAAGCAAAACAAAACUACAAAAAAAGAAAACAUAGUUGUACAUUUUAUAUUGUAUUUAAUUUUAUUUAAUUUUUUACAUAAACGAGAAAAUGCAAAAAGAAAAGAACAAAAAAACAGUAAAACGAUAAAAGAAGAAACUUGCAGAAAUUGCAAAAGGAAAAAGCAAAAAUAUUGGUGAUAUUUUAAUUGCUUAACACACACACACAUAUAUAUACAAAUAUACACAAGCACACUCAUACACAUGCAUAAAUCAAUUUGAGAAAAAUUUAACUUAACAAAAAAAAAAAGGAAAACGAAAAAAUACGAAUGCCGCAUGUUGUUGGAAAAUGCAAUAUGAGAAAUCAGAAAAUCAGUUAUUAUUAUUGUACAUUAUUUUUUUUAAAGAAUUAAUUUUAAAUGAAAUUUUUAAAAACGAGGAGCAAAAGUGCGAUAAAAGCGCAAACCACAAAACAUAUUUAAUACAAAAUAAUAUAUAUAUACACACACAUAUAUAUAGAAUUAUAUUACAAUUAUAAUUAUAAAAUACUACGCGUAGUUUUUGGUAGUGAAAAUCGUGCAUAACGCCCUAAACAUUAGUAGUUUGUUAAAUAAAUUUAUAUAUACAUAUAUAUAUAUAUCUACACACAUAAAAUACAUGCAUAUAUACUUAUAUAUAUAGAUAUGUAUGAACGAUUUAAAAGUGGAUCGUUGAAUUCCUGUAAGAACAGCGCUAACAAUUAUUGAAAUGCGAUAUAAAAGCUGAAUUGAGAAAUUUAGCUAAAUGCGUUUGGCAUUUGGUGUUACCAAGUGACGCCUCUGCCACGCCCACAGCUACUCACAAAGAAAAAAGAAAAUAAUAACAACAACAAGAAGCAAUCAACAAUUAUGUUAAAUACGAAGAGAGAUUCCAGCUAUGAAAUUAUUGUACGACAUUUAAUUAGCGCAAUUCCAUAAGUAAAUAAAAUAGUUCAGUUGAGAGGCCAUAGACAUUUUGAGAGCCACUUCCAAACACUCACUCACACACACACACAUACAUACAUACAGCCAGUACAUAACUAGAAUAUACAUAUACAAUAGACUAUAUAGAUCAGACGGAUCAACAACUCACUUACACAAACAACACGCCUAAAGAGAACGCGUAGCCCAAAGUAUUUAAGCCGCAAAAACAAACAAAACGAAAAAGAAAACAACAAAAA